AUGCAUCCCAUGCAUUUCCUGGCAGGCGACUGCUGGGCGUACGCAGUGGUGGGCAGCAUUGAGGCGGCACUCGGCAUUCUCUCCAACACCUCAGCGGCGCCGGUGCUGUCAGUGGAGCAGCUGAAGGCCGCCAUGAAGGUCGGCUGCUCUGGCAGCACGCCCUCUCAGGCCUUCCAGCUGCUGCUCAAGCUGGCGCAAAAAGGAGGCGGGCUCGUGUUGGAGAGCCAGGGACCAGCCGAGAAAGGCAAGAAGGCCGUCGUGAAGGCAGGCAGCAGCAGUCCUCUCUGCUCGCCGUUGCUGAAGCCACUGGCGAAGCUGGGCUUUGAGUCGACGUCCUUCUAUGGCUGGUUUGGGCUGCUGCUGGCCGUGCAGCGGCAGCCAGUGGUGGUGCACAUUGAGGCUUCCGCCGACACGUUCAAGAGCUACGAUGGGGACCCAGCGUGCUUCAUAUACAAGCUGAACCACGUGGUGCUGCUGGUGGGGUACCGCCUGGUGGGCAAGGACUCGCGCUUCCCCCACAUGGCGCCGCCCUUUUGGAUCAUCCGCAACUCAUGGGGGCCUGACUGGGGCGAUGGGGGCCACAUGCGCAUGGACAUCCAGGGGGGGGAUGACGUGUGCGGCAUCAACUCGCUGCCAGGCCUCUACCCUGUGGUCAGAGAGGAUGCAUGCAAGGCAGCCCAGCGCAAUCCGUGUGCGGUGGGGCAGUGUGUGAAUGACGGGGCAGGGUCGUACUCGUGUGUGUGUCCCCCGGGCUUCAGGCAGGGCACCACCGUUGAUGGCACCUUCUCCUGUGCUCCAGGUGGGAACAGCAACACCUACACCGUGCUCUCUCCCAACGUCCGCUGCUCCGAUGUCUUCCCGGUCUACGGCCUCACGCUCGCCGAAUUCCAAGCCCAGAACCCAUCGGUGUCGUGUGCAGGACCCAUCCCACCCUCCACCGUUCUCAAAGUGGCCAGCCCAGCCUCUCUCAUCCCCUGCUCCGUCUUCUACACCACUCAGCAGGGCGACACCUGUGCAGACCUAGCAGUGUACUUCGAAGUGCACUGGUCCUGCCCAUCUGACGCCUGUACGCCAGCCUUCCAGGCGCUCAACCCCAGCUUGGACUGCACUGCCAACGGCGGGCUGCUGCAGCCGGAGCAGACAGUGUGUGUGGAGCGCCUGUACAACAUGUUGCUCAUCCCGGUGUGCUCGCAGUACUACCUGGUGCAGAGCGCAGAGACGUGCGAGUCCAUCCGCAACGUGCCCUACCCCCCACCGAAACCCGUUGACUUUUUCCGCCUUAACCCCGGCAUCAAGUGCAACCGCCUCAUUCCAAACACCGACAUUGGCAGCUUCACUGGCUUUGAGGCAUGCAUUGCGAGCUCCACGUCGUACACUCAGGGCACGUGCCCACGUGCGAAUGCGUAUGUGGUGGGGACAGGCGACAGGUGCACGGCCAUUCAGGUGAAGUACUUCCGGGGCAUCAAGGGCUGCUACAGAAAAGUCAACGGAUACGACUGCAUCGACAAGCUCGUCAAAUCAACUCGCGUGUGCCUGCCUGACAAAGUCAAGCUUCAGAAAGGAGUCUGCGACAACUGA